AUGCUCCAAGCUCGCACAAUGGCCGCGGCCUGCCGCAAUGCCAGCAGCCUGGCUCGCAGCUUCGCCACUGUAUCAAACGCCUCUUCUGGCCGCAGCCACCGGAUUGUGGUGAUUGGAGGCGGCUCGGCUGGUCUGGACAUCAGUCACAAGCUGCUUCGAUCUGGCAAAUUCUCGCAGGACGAAAUCGCCGUUGUUGAUCCCGCAACGUGGCACCAUUUCCAGCCCGGGUGGACCCUGGUUGGUGGCGGCAUCAAGACCAAGGAGGAGCUCAGAAGGCCGCUGAACAGCCUGAUCGACCCCAAAUUCAAGUUCUACAACGACAGCGUUGCCGGAUUCUCACCAGAAGAAAACUCCAUCACACUCGGCAAUGGCGACAAAGUCAGCUAUGAGCAAUUAGUUGUCGCUCCCGGCAUCUCAGUCAACUACGGUAGUGUCAAGGGCCUCCCGGAGGCUUUAGCUGACCCGAAAAGCCUCGUUUCCUCCAUUUACAGCUAUGACACUUGCGACAAGACCUUUGAGACGAUCCAGAAGCUGCACAAAGGCACCGCCAUUUUCACUCAGCCGGCCGGUCCUAUCAAGUGCGCUGGCGCGCCUCAAAAGAUUCUGUGGCUCGCGUUGGACUACUGGAAGCGCGCUGGCCUUUAUGAUCCCGCCAACCCCUCUGGUUCCGCAAUUCAAAUCAGCUUUGCCACGGGCAUGCCUGUCAUGUUCGGAGUUGCCAAGUACAACGCCGCGCUGGAGCAGCUUCGCAAGGAGAGAGGAGUCGAGGGAUUGUUCCAGCACGAUCUGAUUGCCAUUGAUGGCGACAAGGCAACCUUUGCCCUGCCAGACGGAAAAGCCUCUGUGACGAAGCGAUUCGAUCUCUUGCACGUUGUACCCAAGAUGGGUCCUCAUGCUUUUGUCAAGGGCAGCGCCAUAGCGAAUGAGGCUGGCUACGUCGAUGUUGAUGACGGCACUACUCGCCACAAGAAAUACCCCAAUGUGUGGUCUGCUGGUGAUGCGUCAAGCCUUCCGACGUCCAAGACUGCUGCCGCCAUCACAGCGCAGACGCCUGUUCUGGUUCACAAUCUCUUGGGAUCGCUGGAGGGCAAGACGCCAGACGCAACAUACGAUGGAUAUGCUUCAUGCCCGCUAAUAACGGAGUACGGCAAGGUCCUUCUUGCCGAGUUCAAGUAUGGAGGAGAGCCAAAGGAAACUUUUGGCGACUGGUUUGGUAUCGACCAGGCCGUUCCUCGGAAAUCUUUCUACUACAUGAAGAAGCACUUUUUCCCUUGGGUCUACUACCAGCAUAUGGUGAAGGGAACUUGGGGAGGUCCUAAAGGCUGGAUCAACUAA